CACACACACACACACACACAGUGUCAGCUCGGUGUGAGUCUCAGUCAACAAGCUGCUGGACUUUCACAGCAGAAUGGGCUUCGGGAGGAAGGAGGAGGUGCCGGUCGGUGACCUGUCUGUGCUCAGAGGGAUGUGGGAGGUGCGAGUGAAGAAUCACCGACAGAGACAGAAGAAGGAGCAGCAGAGGGUUGAGAACAGCGCCCUCCCCAGGAUCAACCAGCAGUGGGAGUUUCGCAUCUACUGUAAGAGCCUGAAGCCCGAGGAACAGCAGCUGCUGCGCCAGUACCUGGAGAGAUCCCCCCGGGGCGGUACACAGGAGUACACAGGAUCAGACCAGCAGCAGGAUCUUCAGGGUGCAGAUGUUGACCUGAAGCUGCAGCUGGACGGAGACGGCUGGACGGAGUUCCCCUCGGAGCUGCGCUGGAGGACCUACCUGAGGGAGUGGCACGUCACGGGGACAAAGAUCUCCCGGUUCCCGGCGUCCCUGUCCCUGUUCACUCAGCUGGUCGUGCUGCGGAUCCCGAAGAACCUGGUGGACCAGCUGCCGGCUGAGAUCGGGAAACUGAGCCGGUUGAGGGAACUGAACCUCAGCUACAACCGUCUGUCCAAAGUUCCUCCAGAGCUCGGAAACUGUGAAAACCUGGAGAGACUCGAACUGGCUGGAAACUACAACCUGUCGGAGCUGCCGUUUGAGCUGAGCAGCCUGAAGAACCUGGUCCACUUGGACAUCUCAGAGAACGUCUUUGUCUCCGUCCCCGUGUGCGCCCUGAGGAUGAGCAGCCUGCAGCUGUUGGACCUGAGCCACAACGGCCUGAGCGACCUGCCGCAGGACAUGGACAGGCUGCAGCAGCUGGUCACUCUGUUCCUCCAUAAGAACAAACUGUGGUACCUCCCCCACUGCCUCGCCAACAUCAGCACGCUCAAGAUGAUCGUGGUCAGCGGCGAGCAGCUGACCUGCACCCCCACCCGACUGUGCAGCAACCCCGACAUCAAAUUCAUUCGUCUUUGCGACAACCUGAACGCAGAGAAGAAGAAAGAGGAGAAGAAAGAAAAGAGCAGGAGGAGAGAACCAGGGAAGGAGGAGGUGAAGAAGGACGGCAGAGAGAAGGAGUUCAUGGAGGCGUACAUCAGCACCCUGACGGACAGAGACACCGUCCCAUACUCCACCACCAAGGUGUCCAUCUCCUGCCUGCUGUGAGGAAGAGGAGGAGGACGAAGGGCUCACACCAUGUGACACUUUGAUUCUUUCAGAGUAAAAUGAUUCAUGUUUAAGUCAGUCAAUGAAAAGUUUAUGAAUGUAGUCAUAAAUUCAAACUACACAAUUGUUUCUGAAUUAUAUCGAAGUUAUGACAUAUGAGAGAAAACAUAUUUCUACAUUUAAAAUUACAACAUUGACGUAUUUGUAUAUUUCAUUUUUUCUAGUUGUCAGGAAUGAGUUUUUUUAGUCUUUUUACAUUUGAUUUAAUGUUUUUGUUUUGUAAUGAAUUCCUGUCGAGUGAGUGAAUCUCUUUUCCUUGGUUUUCAGAUUCACUUCACAAAAUUAACUUUUCAUUCCAAAGAACUGGAU